AUGGAACUUCCAGCGGCUGUUAAAAAUAUUGAGCUUCCUGCUUCUGUUAAAAAUAUUGAGCUUCCUGCUUCUGUUAAAAACAUAGAGCUACCCGACGCUGUUAAAAAUAUUGAGCUUCCUAGUGUUGUAAAAAAUGUCCCAAAUGUUGUUAAGAACGUCCCUACUGUCGUGAUGAACAAUGUUCCAGAUGUCAUGAAAAAUAUUCAAGUUCCUGUAAAUCUUAAUACUCAAAUAUUUUCUGCUUUUACAAGCGUCGCGUCUUUAACGAAAUCAAUUCAACAAAAAGUAGACGAAACUACGAAAAACAUGCAACAACAGCAUCAAGAAUUUAUGAAACAAGUUAAGGAAGAAACACUUGAACCGAAGACGGGAACUGAACUUUUUAUCACUUUAUCAGAGGCGGUUCCACCAUGGAUUGGACUUCCAGAUGAAGAUGAACUUAAAGACCGAAUAUUGGCGUUAUCUUUGGAUAAACGUAAUUUUACUAUUCCUCCACCAGAAAAUACAAACUUUCAAUUUGACCUAAAUAUAUAUUCUCAGACAGCUUUGGCAACUCUUAAGGCUGAUUCUCGCUUAAAUCGACUGCGAUUUGAGCUGGUUCCUAGGAUUGUGUCAGAACCAAUAUUUUGGAGAAAUUAUUUUUAUCGUGUAUCUCUUAUUAAACAGACAGCAUUAGGUUCAAUUGAUGGAGUGGUUUUAGAAAAUGAGGUUUUCUCGAAAAAUUCUACUGAAAUUUUGGAAUCUAUGCCUAAUGAAAAUAAGGAUAAAGAAAAUCAUGAUCCAUCUAAUAAAGAAGUGUUGUUUGAUGUCACAAAGGGAGAAGAUGCUUGGAUUGAAGAUUUUAAUAGUGCUGCUGCUUUGGUGGGUUCAGAUGGUGAUGCAGAAGAGCCUGAGAAUUGGGAAGAACAAUUAAAAGAGCAUUUAUCUUUGACAUGA